CGGCCGCGCGCGGCCUGCCGGGAGCUGUAGUUCGUCUCGGUAACGGUUCGCCCAGCGGCGGCAGCAGCAGAAGCAGCUGCUGGAGGUCCGGGUCUUCCCUUCAGUCGGGCGGCGGCGCUUCUCCCCUUCGCACCGCAGCGGCCUGCUCGCUCGCCCCGCCGCCCCCGCGCCGCUCCCGAGGGGAGGCUGGAGCCGAGGACCGGGCGGCCGGACGGAGACCGAGACGGCGCCCAGCCCCGCAGAGUUUUCACAUCCCUGACGAUGAAUCCUGUCUAUAGCCCCGUUCAGCCCGGGGCUCCGUACGGGAAUCCUAAGAGCGUCGCCUACACAGGUUAUCCCACAGGAUACCCCACGGCAGCCCCCACAUACAACCCAAACAUCUACACAACCACUGCUCCAGGUUAUGCCCCAGGAUACCCUGCUGGAACGCCCUACAAAGUCCCUCCAACUCAGAGUAGUAACGCCCCGCCUCCUUACUCUGCGUCGCCCAGCCCUUAUCAGACGGCAAUGUACCCCAUUCGUAGUGCCUACCCUCAGCAGAACCUGUAUGCCCAGGGGGCGUACUACACACAGCCCGUCUACGCAGCUCAGCCUCACGUCAUCCAUCACACUACGGUGGUCCAGCCCAACAGCAUCCCUUCGGCGAUUUACCCAGCGCCCGUCGCUGCUCCGAGGACCAACAGCGUAGCGAUGGGGAUGGUGGCCGGGGCUACCAUGGCGAUGUCAGCAGGGACUCUGCUGACGACCCCACAACACACCGCGCGGGGGGCGCAUCCCGUCUCAGUGCCAACGUACCGGGCGCAGGGGACCCCCGCCUACAGCUAUAUCCCUCCCCAUUGGUAAUUCCAUUGGCCAGCCCAUAUCUGGAGUCAAGACAUCGGAUGCAACCUGGCGCGAAGGAGCAGCCCCCCCUCCGGGCAUCUGGGCAUUGCCAGCAAAAGUGAAAAACGCCCCCCCUCCCAUCUCAAUGGUCACCCGACGCGCUCUCUCGGAUUUUAAUUUUGCGUUUAAUUUUUGACUUCUUUGGGGCCAAAGCCGGACCCUUCUCCCCCCACCCACCCCCCUUUCCCCUUCCCUCUAGGGUCCACUCCGUUGAACCCUAUCGUUGUUUUCCGCUGCCUUGGUCUCCAUUUCCCUCCAUUGAGCGUGGCCGGGACCUCCUGAGGCCAUCUGUCCGUUCAUGAUCCAUGCGGGUUCCUCGGGGUGGGGGGAGCGGGGGGAGGGAUAAUUCCACCUUUAGGUUUCUGGAGGGACCAAGAAGAGCCCACCCACAUUUCUCACCCACCCACCCACCCACUCCUCCUCCAGGAAGCCCGUCCCCUCCCUUCUUCACGCUCCUCCAUAACACAAUUCAAGAAAAUGGGUGCUGUCCAGCUAGGCCUCGGGAUUCCAUGGGUCGUUCCCACUGAAACGUGGAUCUCGGCACUUUGUACGUGGCCAGAGGAUGUGAGAUACGUGGCAGGGCCCACCUGGGUUUUAGAGAGCCUCCCUGACAGAGAAUUGGCACGUAUUGCGUGCUUUCAUCAUGGGAUCCGCUUCCACUCCCCCCAUCUCUUUGAAAGAAAGGGGUAGUUCUUACAUUAGCAUAGGCCAGGGAUAGGCAAUCUGGGCUCUUUUAUGAAUUGUGGACUUCAACUCCCAGAAUUCCUGAGGCAGCAUAGGGGAACUAUGGCCCCUUCAUGACUCGUGGACUUCAACUCCCAGA